GCCCGAGGAGCCGCCGUAGCAGCUCCCCCGCCUCCCGGGCCGAGGGAAUGCCUGAUUUCAUAAGAUAUAGACAACUCGCUUAAGCCAACGUUUCUGGACAGUAAGAAGCUGUGCAAAUCAAGAAAGAAGUGCUUAGAAAUAUUUUCACAUAAAGAGAAUUUUAGGAAAGGAAGAUGGAUCAACCUAGUGGAAGGAGUUUUAUGCAAGUAUUAUGUGAAAAAUAUAGUCCUGAAAAUUUCCCUUACCGUCGUGGUCCUGGUAUGGGAGUCCAUGUCCCAGCCACACCUCAGGGCUCUCCUAUGAAAGAUCGCCUCAACCUCCCAAGUGUGCUGGUGUUGAACAGCUGUGGAAUAACAUGUGCAGGAGACGAAAAAGAAAUUGCUGCCUUCUGUGCUCACGUGUCGGAACUAGAUCUUUCUGACAACAAGCUCGAAGACUGGCAUGAGGUCAGUAAAAUUGUGUCAAAUGUUCCCCAGUUGGAGUUUCUAAACCUGAGUUCCAACCCUCUGAAUUUGUCGGUUUUAGAAAGAACAUGUGCUGGGUCCUUCUCUGGGGUUCGCAAACUUGUCCUCAACAACAGCAAAGCUUCUUGGGAGACAGUCCACACGAUACUGCAGGAGUUACCAGAUUUGGAGGAGCUCUUCCUGUGCCUUAAUGACUAUGAAACAGUGUCUUGUCCUUCUAUUCGCUGUCAUUCUCUUAAGCUACUACAUAUAACAGACAAUAACCUCCAAGACUGGACUGAAAUUCGAAAGCUAGGAGUUAUGUUUCCUUCACUGGAUACUCUCGUCCUGGCUAACAAUCAUUUGAAUGCUAUUGAGGAACCUGAUGAUUCACUGGCCAGAUUGUUCCCCAAUCUGCGGUCCAUCAGCCUCCACAAGUCAGGUUUGCAGUCCUGGGAAGACAUUGACAAACUAAAUUCAUUCCCCAAACUUGAAGAAGUGAGAUUGUUAGGAAUUCCUCUUCUGCAGCCAUAUACCACCGAGGAGCGGAGGAAAUUGGUAAUAGCCAGAUUGCCAUCAGUUUCCAAACUUAAUGGCAGUGUUGUUACUGAGGGUGAGCGAGAAGAUUCUGAGAGAUUUUUUAUCCGUUACUAUGUGGAUGUCCCAGAGGAAGAAGUGCCAUUCAGGUAUCAUGAACUGAUUACAAAAUACGGGAAGUUGGAGCCUUUGGCAGAAGUGGACCUAAGACCACAGAGCAGUGCUAAAGUAGAAGUCCACUUUAACGAUCAGGUGGAAGAAAUGAGCAUUCGUCUGGACCAAACAGUUGCAGAACUAAAGAAACAAUUAAAAACUCUAGUGCAGUUACCCACAAGCAACAUGCUUCUCUACUAUUUUGAUCAUGAAGCACCCUUUGGCCCAGAGGAAAUGAAGUACAGCUCUCGGGCACUGCAUUCUUUUGGCAUUAGGGAUGGAGAUAAAAUUUAUGUGGAAUCCAAAACAAAAUAACCUCGACCAGCCUUGUAAAAAACACAUACAUAAGGACUUCUUGCAGGGCAUUUGUUUCCAAUGUGGUUUUCUUUAGGAGGGAGAAGGUUGUUUUGUUUCGUUUUGUUUGGGUUUCGGGGGGGGUUUGUAUAUUUUUUUCCCCCUAGGAUGGGGAGGGGGCUGUUUUUGGUAUUUUCUACCACAGAUUUCUUCAGCUCAGCCAGCAGAAUUGGCCACAUCUCCAGUCCCUGUGCCCUCCCUUGUGAAAGAUGACCAAGAAAUCGCCGACUUCUUACUGUGUUCACUGGGCUGCGUCUACCACUUGGUUAUCAUGACCAUUUAGGUAUAUUUGUGAAGAUAGCAUGAGCCGUGUGUCCUCCCCCCAGAAGGAUAACUUGUGGGAUUGAAAUCAGGUGCAGGGAUCUUGACAGGAAGGGCCAGCACUUCUCUCCCCCAGUUCUUCCGUUGUCCUUCCCUCUCUCCCUCCUUUCCUGUUGUGGUUCAGUUUUUCAUUUUGACGUGUCAGCACGUGUUCACCUAAUAGUUGUAAUCCUGUCCAUAAGUACUUCUCAUUUCUCAGUGUGGACAAUUUUUUCAUUUCUCCCUUCUGAAAUAAUUUUAGUGUUUUAGGCAUUUUUCAACCUGAUUCUGAACUCAGGUAUUCUGUGAGAACCUGUAACUCUGUUAGGAUCUUGAAGACAGAGAGUUAAAACUCCAGGAAGACUCACUGCUGUCCUGGUGGCUUGGGCAGAGCAGCCUGGGCCCUUUGUGUGUAACCACGUCCAUUUCAGUGUCCCGCACAGAUGACGUCCACCCUCACUUCCAUAACACAAAGUGUGUCACAUGCCACAGUCGUUUGAUUUUUGCUUGUCGAAUGUACUUCCUCAUCUCUAGCUGUCUUUCUCAUUACUUUAAACUGUUGGGAAUAGAGGCCUGACUUUCUGAAGAGCCCAACUGAAUAAUGGAUAUACAUGCCGGGAGAGCUGGGAAUUAGCUAGCCAACUGUCCGUGGCAUGUGUGAGGUAGUAGAGUGGGAGAAAAGUCAAGCCAUCCAGGAGGAAGAAUGUUGUGAUUUCCCUGCCCGUGUCGUCAUUUGAAGCCCUGGCUCUUACACUUUGCAUUAAAAGUGGGAAAUCUUAAUCAAAGGGAGUUCUGAUUCCCAGUUCUUCCCUGGGAUUCUGUGAUGUCAUAAUUGGACCCUUCUUUUUGUUUUGCAUUUCAACUUAGUUGCCCCUCCCAAAGAACAACUCUGCCUAAUCUAUGAGUAAAGUCUAAGUGUCAAAACUUCAGAAUUGCCUCCAAGUCAUAUUUUUCGCAGAAGCAUAUUUAAAGCACUUUUCUUUAAAAGCUAGUUCCUCACCUGCCCUGAAAUCUUUGCAUUUGUUCUUGUAGUCCUUCAUUAAACAGGGUAACCCCUUUCUGUGAUAGAUGUCUUUCUUGGUCCACCAUAUUUACAGAUGGGAGGCUUGGGGAAGGCUUGGCAUCACUAAGGGCAGGUGAUGUGCACAUGAAGUAUUUUUCUAAGAAUGUAAUCAUUAUCUGAUUGCAUUUGACCUUUUGACCUUUGUUAUAGGAUUCCACCACUCCUACAAAAUCCUUUAAUUUCUUAUGAAGUUUUUAGGUAACUCUUGUAAAUUCUUCACAUCUGCAGAGUUGUGAUUAUUAUUGCUACUUUUUAUAUUUUUCCUAUUUAUUCUCUUAAUGCACUUCAGGUUCAGUAUCUAUAAAGCCUUUGACCCAGUCCUACUGAGUCAAGUCUACAUCCACUGUAACAUUAAAGGUGGAAACCAAAGGGUUUGUGAAAGAUGAAUGAAGCCUAUUCUCCUUCUGCUGCAGACUUGAUCUUUCAAAAUCGCAAGAAUGAGCGAUGGAGAUCCAGGCUGGGUAGAGACAAGAAUUAAUUAUUUUGCAAUCACAUUUUCCUGACAGAUUUUUGGAAGUGGGAAAAAAGUGCGGCAACGGUGUCAUGAAGAUAAAAACUGUGGGUGCUUUGUGUAUGUGCGCAUGAGUGCAGGCAAGUUUGAGAGAGAGACUGUGUAACUGAGCCCGUCACUUUUGUCAGCCUGGGAAACAGAUGCACUCUUUUAUUUUUUGAGGUUGUAUGACCCCUGACUGUCCCACAGCAGAAGGCAGAGCAAACACUUGGGUUGUGCUUUAAUCAUAAGUGGAAUGGUCACAAUUAAUAAGAUAUUUUAUAUAUGACAAAAGUUUUAUGAAAUGCUUUUUUACUAUUAGAGACCUGUUCCUUCUGUUAUGACAGAACACAGUGUCCAUCAACUGCAGGCCUAAUUCCUCUAUUAUACAGUUGCAUGUCAGGGGAACUUCUCAUCUAAUUCAGUGGGUAUUUUUAGGGCAUCGUAAUUGAUGGUUUUAAUAAUUGCUGAACAAUUUUUGAUUGAGACAAAGUCUAAUGCAAUGACCGGUCUUUCAGAGCUGCAGAACAGAAGUAAAAGAGAAAAGCUAUUUGAGCAUGUGUACUUGUAGAUUUAUUUCGGCAGCUGAGUAAAGAUGCUGCUUUUGAAAUAAAAUCGGUGCUGUGUAGACACCUUGUAACCCAAAUUAUUUUUGUAACAGGCCAAAAAAGAGGAGACAAGAGACCGUGGACGUUUGAGUCUCAAAGCUAUGCAUCAUCGAUGGCAGCAGCUUCUCUGUAUUUUAAUAUUGACUUCCUCCACAUGCAGCAAGAGCCCGUUCCUGGCAUUAAGGCAAGACGCUGUCCGAGCCAGUAUUACAGAUAGGUCUCUGCAGGCACAGUGUAUAGAACAUAU